GAACUCAUGGCAUCUAAUCAAUCCUCUAGCUUCCAGGGGUUCUACAGGCACCUCCACACCCCUGCGGUGAUCAUCGGAGCCGUGUUCGCGCUUGUCGCCCUCCUCAUCUCGCUCUGGCUCAUACUCAAGCACCUCAGAUCAUACAGCAAUCCUGCGGAGCAGAAGUGGAUCAUAGCUGUCCUGUUUAUGGUGCCUGUCUACGCAUCUGAAUCUGUUAUUUCGCUGUGGCAUUCGGAACUCUCCUUGGCUUGUGAUAUUUUGAGGAAUUGUUAUGAAGCAUUUGCUUUGUAUUCCUUCGGACGAUACUUGGUUGCAUGCCUGGGGGGAGAACGACAGGUGGUUGGGUUGCUUGAAAACAAAAGAAUGGAAGAGCUAAGUGAGCUAUUGCUCGACAGGCAAGAGAAGGCAAAAGACCAUAAUCGAAGUACAACACGUAACUUCUUUCGGGAUCCUAAUGCACUGGGAGAGAGGUUGUACACAAUAAUAAAAUUCGGUCUUGUGCAAUAUAUGAUUCUGAAGACAUUCUGCUCUUUCUUGGCAUUCAUCUUGGAGCUUUUUGGAGCAUAUGGAGAUGGUGAAUUCAAGUGGUACUAUGGAUACCCUUACAUUGCUGUUGUCAUAAAUUUCAGCCAGACAUGGGCGUUGUAUUGUCUGGUUAAAUUUUACAAUGCUACACAUGAAAGGCUACAAGCAAUAAGGCCACUAGCCAAGUUCAUAAGCUUCAAGGCCAUUGUAUUCGCCACUUGGUGGCAGGGAAUCGGAAUCACAAUCAUCUGCCAUACCGGGCUUCUGCCAACGGAAGACAAGGUGCAAAAUGGAAUACAGGACUUCCUGAUUUGUGUUGAGAUGGCUAUCGCUGCCAUCGCUCAUGCAUUUGUCUUCGGCGUGGAGCCAUACAAGCGCAUCCCAUUUCCAGAGCAUGGAGAUUUCAGCCGUCACGAAAGUAAGAUGGAGUUGAAGGUGGAUGUCGGUGAUAGCAGCAAUGGGGCGCCGACCACUGUUGGGCAGAAAGAGACCCAUGUCAAAACUCCAGGAACAAGCAUCAAAGAGAGCGUUCAGGAUGUCGUUCUUGGUGGUGGCCAACAUGUCGUCAAGGAUGUGGCCUUAACCAUCUCACAGGCAAUGGAACCCGUGGAGAAAGGUGUUGAGAAAGGCGUUGGGAAGAUCCAGGAGACCUUUCAUCAUGUCUCGCUGAAGCCAGGAGACAAGAAAAAACCUGACGUUGAGGUGGAGGAGCAUGUCACAAAGAAUGUGGUUGAUGGUGAACCUGUUGCUGUUGAUGCAGAGAUCGAAGUUGAAAAAAAGGUGCAAGACAACAACGGUGGUUGUGAAUCUGUUGUGGUUGACGCAGAUGUCGAAGUUGAAAAAGCAGUACAAGAGAAAAGCGAUGGUGGUAAAUCUGUGGUAGUUGACGCAGAGGUUGAAGUUGAAAGAAUAGAAGAUAGUAAGAGGUAACAAGAAAAUGUAAAUCAACAAGAUAAUGAUGUAGAUGCACAGCAUGCUCUGAAAUGUAAACCUGAAACUUUGCAUCAAAAGGAAUGAUGGUGCUAACUUCAAAAUGACAAAGCUGAAAAACUAGUA